AUGAAUCAAACUGCCACUGUCUCUCAUCAAGUGAAAUGCCAGCCUUCCAAGACUAUCAAGGACCUGGGUGGAGUAAGUCCUCCACAGCGGAACUGGAAAGGAAUAGCCAUUGCUUUGCUGGUCAUUCUGGUGGUCUGCUCGCUCAUCACUAUGUCUGUGAUCCUCCUUACACCAGCGGACACUCAAGUGGGCAGUGAUACCAAGCUGACUAUUGAGGAUCUGUUUAAGUCUGACUUCUUCAUUCAUGACCCUGAGGCCAGAUGGAUCAACGAUUCUGAAGUUAUCUACAAGAAUCAUAAUGGCCAUGUGAUCAAAUUUAACAUUCUCACUAAUGAAACCGUGAUCGUUUUGAUGAACAGCACAUUUGUUGCUUUUAAAGCCACUAAGUAUUCCAUAAGCCCAGAUAUGAAGUAUGUGCUUUUCGCUUAUGAUGUUAAACAGGUCUACCGGCACUCUUUCACUGCCUCCUACAUAAUUUACAACAUUUUUACAAGGGAGGUUUGGGAGCUGGACCCUCCUGAGGUUUUGAACUCCAGACUGCAGCAUGCGGCUUGGGGUGUUCAGGGACAGCAGCUGGUCUACAUAUUUGAAAACAAUAUUUAUUACCAGUCAGAUGUGAAGAGUAACUCUUUGCGUCUGACGUCCUCGGGUAAAGAAGGGGUCAUAUUCAACGGCAUUGCUGAUUGGCUGUAUGAGGAGGAGAUCUUGCAGUCUCAUGUAGCUCACUGGUGGUCUCCUGAUGGUGAGAGGCUAGCCUUUCUGGUCCUCAAUGACAGUCUGGUCCCUAACAUGGCUCUUCCUUCCUUCACUGGAGCAACUUAUCCCAAAGGGAAACAGUACCCUUAUCCUAAGGCUGGACAGCCCAAUCCUGAGGUGAAACUCUUUGUGGUGAAUCUCUAUGGCCCAACACACACUCUGGAGCUAACACCACCUGAUGAUGUCAGAUUCAGGGAGCACUAUGUAGUCAUGGUAAAAUGGAUUAGUAAGACGAAGACAGCGGUGAGAUGGUUAAACCGUGCCCAGAACAUGUCUGUUUUGACAGUGUGUGACACGACCACAGGUGCUUGCAUAAAGAGACAUGAGGAGACAUCAGAAAUCUGGCUCUCAAAGCAGAAUCAGAAGCCGUUUUUCUCCAGUGAUGGCAGCCGGUUCUUCCUGACAGUGCCAGUAAAACAGGGUGGCAGAGGCGAGUUCCAUCACAUUGCCAUGUUUACCACACAGACACGGUCAAACCAAAAUGAAGUCCGCCAUUUGACCUCGGGUAACUGGGAAGUCACAGAAAUUGUGGGCUAUGAUGAAAACACUCAGAACAUAUACUUCUUGAGUACUGAUGGUUCCCCAAGAAGAAGACAGCUCUUUAGGGUUUCCACAGUUGGUCUUUUUCCACCACAAUGCUUAACAUGUGAACUGAACAAAGCACACUGUACCUUCUUCAGUGCUGAUAUGAGCCCCAACAACCAGCAUAUUAUUCUCCACUGUAAAGGUCCUGGAGCACCGACAGUGAUUGUACAUACACUGAAUACAACUAAUUACUUCAUCCUGGAGAACAACUCUCUGCUUAAGGCAGCAUUAAGGUACAAGAGGAUACAGCAGACUGAAUUUAGGACCAUCCAAAUGGACCACUUUGAACUUCCUUUGAAGAUUUCUUAUCCACCAGACUUCUCAGAGUCUCGUCACUAUGGUCUUCUACUGAUGGUUGACAGUGCUCCUGGUGGCCAGUCAGUGAAUGACAAGUACUAUGUUGACUGGGACUCGGUUCUGGUCAGUUCUGAUAAUGUCAUUGUGGCUCGUCUGGACGGCAGAGGGAGUGGGUUCCAGGGCCAAAGAAUUCUGCAGAAAAUCCAUAAACGCCUGGGAACUCUGGAAGAACAGGAUCAGCUCGCCGCUCUGGAAUACAUGUUGCAGUUUCCAUAUAUUGAUCGGACACGGAUAGGAGUGUUUGGGAGGGGUUAUGGAGGCUAUGUCACACUUCUCCUAGUCAAAUCCCCAGGGAGCCUUUUUAAAUGUGCUGUCGCUAUGUCUCCAGUAACAGACUGGAAAUUGUAUGCCUCAGCAUUUUCGGAGAGAUAUUUGGGCUUACCAUUACGAGAUGACAGCAGAUACCAGGUGUCCAGUGUGCUGGAGAAUGCACAGGGAUUCAGAGAACAGAUGCUGAUGCUGGUGCACGGGACUGCUGAUGCCAAUGUUCACUUCCAGCAUUCGGCAGAGCUCAUCCGUAAUCUGGUGAGCGUUGGGGCAAACUACACAAUGCAGAUUUAUCCAGAUGAGGGUCACUUCCUGUCAGAGCAGAGCAAACAGCACCUGUGCGCAUCUCUGACCAGCUACUUCAGAGAGUGCCUGCGGGAGGACUUACUGCCACUGCCUGAGGAAGAGGAGGAAGAGGAGGAGUGA